AUGCCAACGGGUCGGCUACCUCCCGCUCCGACGCCGACAACAAUUGACACGCCAAACAAGAUAUUGGCAAAGUGGGAACCAGUCUACCCCCAGAAGACAGAGGCGCUACAGGGCUGGCGUAAGAAAGCCUCUCGAGAUGUUCGAGCCAAAACAUGGCACGGCAACACGGCACAGCGUCCAUCAACCUAUCGGCCACUCAGGGAGGCUUCCCCUUCUCGCAACGAGACAGAAGCACCAAGUCCCAAAAGCAAGUCUCCAAGGAAAGCGGUACCUCAUGACUUGGAGGACGAUAAACCGCCCAUACCUCCAAGGGCCCAAGCUCGUAUCGAUCGUUCGAGGAAGCAAUCAAAGGCGCCAAAGCUCGAAUCUUCAGCCCCUAAGGGGAUACGUAAGGAGUCUCAGCAAAACGUGUUUUCAGAUCAGGAAAACUUCCCACCAGGAGAUAAAGCCCUUCCUGUCAUAGCCAAAAGACCAGUGAAAGCCACCGUAUUAUCAGAGUCAGACGAGAACACGGUCGAAGUACAGGCUCAGGAGUCAUACAAGACCAAAAUCUCCACAGGAUCGAAACAGCCAGCUGGCGUUGUAGACAAGCCUCUCAGGGUUUCGAUCAGGCAGCCUGAACGCAAGGCUAAGGAAAAGGCCGCUCUUCUGAACAAGCCUACACAAACGGAUUUUGAGCAUCCGCCAAUUUUCCAAUCUGGGAGGAUGUUCAGAAGCCUACCGGGACCCGCAACAGAAGUGGAAAGAAGAGAACGGUCGGCUCAGACGAGUCGCGGAACUAUGACACCUAACCCUGCUCUACCGUCCACAUGGAAACUGACCUUGAGCUCAUCCUCGUCACUUGAGGUAGCCAUGGAAGCCGCUUCACGGGAAAUGGAGAUGCAAGAAGCCAGGCGAUCCAGGCAUGAGACACUCAGAGGACAAGACUCGGAGGCACAAGCUAUUCCCUACAUGGCUGCAGAAGCCGAACAUGACGAGCCACUUCCAGAGCCCGUUGACGAGGAGGCUCCCUUACCCUCAGCUGAACAACCCGAAGAGGGACGAGAACCGCUGCGAGGUAGUGAUAACUCGGACCCCAAGGAGCAGGACGACAAAGACAUUGAUGACAGAGAUGUUUUGCGAGGUCUCCACAUCGCCAUAUCGGCUGCUUGUAACGAAGAGGUCGACGCAUGGAUCCGACAAAAGACGGGUGUGCGCAUUCGUCGAUUCUUAGCAGACUUGAAGGCCUUUGAAACGCUGGGUGAAGAGGCCCAACCGGAUCCAGCCAAAGAGCGCGCGAGGAACAGGAGAGCCGACUCGAGGAAACUCAAGGCACAGAUUCGACAAUCUAAAGCUGCCAGGGAAGCAAGAGCAGCAGCACAGUGA